AGCCAUGAGGUUUCUCCUGUGGACCUGGGUCCUUUUGAUUGGCGAGUCCCACGAGUACGUGCGCCUCACCAAUCUCAAGUGCGAGAGCUUUGACAAGAGCUACAUGGACUUCCCCGAGUGCCGACUGAAGGUCCUCGGAAGGGGCAUUAUAGCCGCCAACGUGCAUGUGAAAGUCCUGAAGUUACCACUGAACCGGAUGGUAACCAGAUUUGCCACCUAUCGGAAACUCAACGGCUACCACCCGUUUCUAUUCAAUGUUUCCAAAGAGCUCUGUUGGUCACUGAAGCACCCAAAUCGCCUGGAUGUCUUCUACUGGUUCUACACCGCUUUUAUGCCGUACUCCAACCUGAAUCAUACUUGUCCCUUCAAUAAUGAUAUUUACGUGAGGAACUGCACCUUGAACGAUGGCAUGUUUGUGAAGGUUCCAUUGCCAAAGGGAACCUACAAGCUCACACUCAAUAUGGACGACGGCAACGAGACGUGGGUUUCCAUUAUAUCAAUAUACUUUGAUAUUGAUGUGGACUAAACAGCGAAACUAUACUAUACAAUUAUUCUAAGACUUGUGAUGGUUAAUCUAUAAGAUGUGACGUACUAUGAUAAUGGGUUAAAUUUAAUUUACAAUAAAAAGAACGUCGUAUAAACUUAA